AUGGAUUUGGCCGCCUUGGCUAAACCUUCUCCACGUGGAACACCACAAGAUGGGGUGUCAAAACACUCUGGACAAAGCUCAUGCUUUGGGCCCACUGCCUUGCCAGAGUGUGAAUUUCAGGGCCAAGUGUUAAGGAUACAAAAUGAUAUAAGAAUGAGCUUGCAGCAGAUUGCCAGCACGCUUGACGCUCUCAUCGUCUCCAGCGAGCAUUCUUGUACAUGCUCCGGUUGAACCAAGGUAGAUCUGAGUGCAUCUGACGAAGCUCAUCUGGUUAAGGAACUAAUUCAACUUGGUGGACGAAACCCCAACACUGCAACGAUACGGAUGCUCGCGUACCUGCUGACUGAUAAGCUAGGUACCGAGUACGUGUGGGAGAGAAAAAAGUGGAAGGAGUUCUGCACGCUUUGCAUUCGUCAACUCAUGUUUGAUGCAGUAAACAAGAGGUUUACUCUAUCAACAAAGAACGAUGUCGAAGUUGCAACGAACUCGUCGCUCAGACAUGCUCCAGAACGAGAAUAUGAAAAGGCCAGCCAGCGGUGCAAGUGCUCUAUUUGUAGUUAA